UCGCCAAACCCCAUUGAAUGUAAUAACGGCGCUUUUAAGGGGGAAGAAGAACAAGCGAUUGUUAACCGCAGGUGAUGAGAGCAAAGGGGAUGCGCAGUUCCGCAGCCGGCAUCUUGACAAAGGGGAGAAUUUGAAGACAUAUAUCAGGCUUUUUGUUGUGUCCGUGUGUGUGCGUGUGCGCGCGCGUGUGCGUGUGUGUGUGCGUGUGUGUGUGUGUGUGUGUGUGUGUGUGUGUGUGUGUGUGUGUGUGUGUGUGUGUGGAGACAAGGGAUACUGGAGGAACGUCCUGCAGGAUAAGGGCGCGCCUAAAAACCCAACACAUUCAUGUGUCGUGAUUGAUUGUCCUCGGGAAAGAACUGCAUCAAUUUUGGAGACAUGUUACGGCGAGUUGUGCGACAGAGCAAGUUCCGCCACGUCUUCGGCCAGGCGGUGAGGAACGACCAGUGCUACGACGACAUCCGCGUCUCCCGGGUCACAUGGGACAGCUCCUUCUGCGCCGUCAACCCCAAGUUCGUCGCCAUCAUCAUCGAGGCCAGCGGCGGCGGAGCCUUCCUGGUCCUGCCUUUGCACAAGACGGGCCGUAUCGACAAGGUGUUCCCAACGGUGUGCGGUCACACGGGUCCCGUGCUGGACAUCGACUGGUGUCCUCACAAUGACCUCGUCAUUGCCAGCGGCUCCGAGGACUGCACCGUUAUGGUUUGGCAGGUCCCAGAGAAUGGCCUGGAGUCUCCCCUCUCGGAGGCGGUGGUGGUUCUGGAGGGCCACUCCAAGAGGGUGGGCAUCGUGUCCUGGCACCCCACCGCUCGCAACGUUCUCCUCAGUGCUGGGUGCGAUAACCAGGUGAUCAUCUGGAACGUGGGCACGGGCGAAGCGGUGAUCAACCUGGACGACAUGCAUCCCGACGUGAUCUUUAGCGUUAGCUGGAGCCGCAACGGCAGCCUCCUGUGCACCGCCUGCAAGGACAAAAAGGUCCGCGUGGUGGACCCCCGGAAAAAGAAGAUCGUGGCGGAGAAGGACAAAGCCCACGAGGGAGCUCGGCCAAUGAGAGCGAUCUUCCUCGCGGAUGGAAAGAUCUUCACCACCGGAUUCAGCCGCAUGAGCGAGCGCCAGCUAGCGCUAUGGAAAACCGACAACAUGGAGGAGCCCAUUUGCGUUCAAGAGAUGGACUCCAGCAACGGAGUCCUGCUCCCCUUCUUCGACCCCGACACCAACAUAGUGUACCUGUGUGGAAAGGGCGACAGCAGCAUUCGGUACUUUGAGAUCACGGACGAGGCGCCGUACGUGCACUACCUCAACACCUUCUCCACCAAGGAGCCGCAGAGGGGCAUGGGCUACAUGCCCAAGCGCGGACUCGAUGUCAACAAAUGUGAAAUUGCCAGGUUCUACAAAUUACAGGAGAGAAAAUGUGAGCCAAUCAUCAUGACGGUGCCCCGAAAGUCGGACCUGUUCCAGGACGACCUGUACCCGGACACGGCCGGUGCCGACCCCGCCCUGGAGGCGGAGGAGUGGUUCGCCGGCAAGAACGGCGGCCCGGUCCUCAUCUCGCUCAAGGACGGCUACGUGCCCACCAAGAGCCGAGACCUCAAAGUGGUCAAAGCCAACGUCCUGGAGGGCAAAGCUGCCGCCAAGGCCGCCGAAAACGCCGCCAACGUCCACAAGAACGUUUCGUCUCACGCUCCUGCGCAGCCGGCGACACAAAAGAUGGAGGAUAAACUGGAAGAGGUGCUCCGAGAGUUCAAGUGUCUGCGAGACCGCGUCAUCCUUCAGGACCGGCGUAUCGCCAGACUGGAAGAGCAGGUCGCCAAGGUUGCCAUGUAAGUCCCCCCCCCCCCCCCCAGUUCAAAAACACCAACCCUCCUCCCUCGCCCUCCCCCUCCUCCUCUCCCUCGCUGGACCCAAUUUGGUGCCGCCAGGCCAACAUUCCAAAAUGAACUUUUUCCUCCCUUUCCCACACGUUCCCCCCGUUUCUUCUCUCCACACUCAAGACACGCAGACGGAAAAGAAACAGUCUUACGUUGUUUUUUUUUUUUUUUGUUUUUUUUUUUUACAUCAUGUGACGCUUGUGUUCUCAAAGUGUAGCAUCAGUAUGUCUCGUCAUCUUCUGUGUUGCCAAAUAUUACAUUACGAGUUAUUUGUGUGCAGUUUCAUGCGCAACUUUUGCAUUUUCUGUCCCGUUGUACGUACAUUCCAGGUCGAAUUGUUUUUUUGUUUUUUUUUAAGCCCCCAGCCCCAAUCCAGCCCUCGCCCACCAUUUUGUCCAUCAAUGAAUGUGGAAGAACUCCUUGAAAUAUGUAACAAAUGUGAUUUGGGGGGUUUUCGCCAGGUGGGCAGCGGGCUUGCAUAUCCCGUGUAAAAUGUUGUGCAAAUUGUAGUGGUGCCUCUUGUCACUGUGGAGGGUUUUUGAAGUACAAAAAAAAAAAAAAAAAGACGCCACCCUGUCAAGUGAGUUUUGGGUGUUGGGAAGAGGGACCACUCACACCCAGCUUGUGUUUCACACCUCCAUCGCUGACGAUAAGUUCU